AGGCGUGAGGGCAGAGCCUGGGGCUGCUCGGCAAGGAGGGCACUCAGCGGGCAGUUCUAGUGAGGGGCCGUCUGGUCUCCUGUGGAGAGAGAGUGCAAGGGGUCCCAGGGGCACGUGGGAGUCUGAGAGGAGAAUGAGAGGUUGGACCCCCACAGCGGCCGGAGCCCUGGCCCCGCUAGUCCCCAGAGGGCCCAGCUGCUGAGGAGGUGAGGAUGUGGACUUUCAUCACCCAGCUCCUGGUCACCCUAGUGCUCCUGGGCUUCUUUCUGGUCAGCUGUCAGAACGUGAUGCACAUUGUCAAGGGCUCCCUGUGCUUUGUGCUGAAACAUAUCCACCAGGAGCUGGACAAGGAGCUGGGGGAGAGCGAGGGCGUGAGUGACGACGAGGAGACCAUCUCCACCAGGGUGGUCCGGCGUCGGGUUUUCCUGAAGGGGAAUGAGUUUCAGAAUAUUCCAGGGGAGCAGGUGACAGAGGAACAAUUCACAGAUGAGCAGGGCAACAUUGUCACCAAGAAGAUCAUUCGCAAAGUCGUUCGGCAGAUAGACUCGUCCGGUGCCGAUGACGCCCAGGAGCAUGAGGAGGUGCAGCUGCGAGGGAGUAGCCUGCAGCCGGACCUGACAGAGAGCAGGAAGGGGGCUCAGAUAGUGAAGCGGGCCAGCCUAAAAAGGGGGAAGCAGUGAUCUCUAGCCCCUCCCCUCGAAUGACCUCUUUGGAGGAUCACACCUCGACACCCAACCCUUGAACUCCACACACUCUGCCAUGCACACGGGAGGAGAGCUGGAGCAGAGGGCUACGGAUUUGUGCACCUGUUCCUCUAGGCUAACGGCAUGAUCUCUGUAAGGGACUUCCUUUGGUCUCCUAUUCGCAUGAACGACUGACUGUAGACGCAUGACCUACAGUCCUCAAUCCUGCCUCUAGCGACCACGGAUCUCUGUCUCUGUCGGGAAUCAGGACAAAGGCCUCCAGAAGGGGGGUGGGGAGAGAGAGGGGGAUAGAAAACCAGCGCAAGAGCGCGGAACGCGAAAGUGAACAAGGGCUCUUUUGUGUUUGGGGAUGGUAUAUUUUGUAAAAUCAUUUUAAUUUUGACUUGUUACAGGGUACUUUUUUUUCAACCUCAUCUGUAGGAAAUCCAUGUGGGCUUCCUGGAAAGAAAAAAAAAAAAAAAGAAAG